UUAUUUGUUAGAGGUGAAAACGUCAAACGCCAGAUGUCAAACUUCCACGGACGUUUAGCAGUCCGGAAGCAAUAUUAAAACAUGCCUCCUCCUCGUUUUGGGUGAUUUUCCGUUGAUAAAACAAAACCCGCAGCAGGAUCGAAGCCGGGGCUGCUGUAAAAACUCCUGUAUGACUAAUGCGGUAAUUGUCCGUUUCGACACUUGUUUGUCAAGCAGGACUUCGUCACUGGGAAUAUGGACGUGCUGAACAAGUUCUGCUCGACGGUGUCCAGCACCGUCUCGCAGCUCUCCGGUGUCCUUCCGGGCAACCCGGUCACGAGGGAGUACGAAGUCACGAACCACAUUGGAAGUGCUGGGCCAGGCUUAUUGUGGAAAAUAUACAGUGGAUACAAAAAGUCGACAAAGCAAUCUGCUUCUAUAUUUGUAUUCGAGAAGCGGCAGGUAGUACCGCAGGACCGUGAUGUGCUACUUGAAACUCUGAAAAGAGGAAUCGGCCAGCUUACGAAGCUGCGCCACCCUCAAAUCCUAGUCGUACAACACCCCUUAGAAGAAUCAAGAGACUGUUUAGCUUUUGCAACUGAACCCGUAUUUGCUAGUCUAGCUAAUAUAUUAGGUAAAAAAGACAACAUGCCACAGAAUAUUGAAGCGAUAAAUAAUUAUAAACUUUAUGAUGUUGAAAUAAAAUAUGGACUUUUACAGAUAAGUGAAGGUUUAGCGUUUUUACACAAGGAUGCAAAAAUUCUUCAUAUGAAUCUGUGCCCUUCUAGUAUAGUUAUUAAUGAACAGGGAGCUUGGAAAAUAUUUGGUUUUGACUUUGCGAUUUUAAAUUCAUCAUCAGAUGCCACUCCUAUGUGGAAGUGCCCAGAUCCUAGGAGCUUCAGGCAUGAAUUAGCUAGGCCAGAUUUAGAUUAUUUAGCACCAGAAUGCGGCCUAACUGAAUCGAUAUCACCCCCGAGCGACAUAUUUUCCCUAGGUGUGCUCAUAUUUGCCAUUUAUAAUUCGGGCCGGACGCCUUUCUCCAACACCGAUUGGCACAGCUACACAGCAAACAUGUCAAAAUUGAAAUUAUUGCAAAACGGUCAGCUGAACAAUGUAGCAGAAGGUGUACGCGCAUUGGUUAAAAUAAUGCUAACUUCAACACCUGAAUUGAGGCCUGAUGAACAUGAUUUUAGUAAGAUUGAUUUUUUUGAAGAUGUUGGUGUAAAAGCUUUGAACUAUCUCGAUUCACUUUUUCAAUGGGAUAACAGGCAAAAGUCUCAUUUUUAUAAAGGACUUCCACAAGUUUUGGACAAGCUGCCACACAGAGUUUGCUUGUACAGGGUCAUUCCAUGUCUUGUUAAGGAAUUUGUCAAUCCCAUGAUGGUACCUUUUGUGUUGCCUUCUGUAUUUUUUAUAGCCGAGAACUGUUCCAAGCAGGAGUUCAGCACACACAUACUCCCUCAUCUUAUUACAGUUAUGAAAAUUCAGAAUCCGAUUCAGAUACUUUUGAUAUUCAUGCAAAAAAUGGACUUUCUAUUAAAAAUGACACCAUGUGAAGAAGUCAAAUCUCAUAUACUGCCUAUGCUGUAUAGAGGCUUUGAGACAGACACCCAAGAAAUUCAAGAGCUUUGCCUCUCAAAUUUGCCAAAUUUCGCCAAUCUCAUCGAGUACCCGGCUUUAAAAAACGCAGUAUUACCUCGAAUCAAACGGCUGUGCAUUUCAACAUCAUACAUAUCUAUUAGGGUGAAUUGUUUGCUUUGCAUCGGAAAGCUUCUGGACAGCUUAGACAAAUGGUUAGUAAUGGAUGAAGUGCUUCCAUUUUUACCGGAGAUUCCCUCCAAAGAGCCUGCCGUGUUGAUGGGCAUCCUAGGAAUUUACAAGUUGGUCUUAACAAAUAAAAAAAUGAUGAUGAGUAAAGAAUUCAUGGCGCAGAAGGCUAUUCCAUUUCUUAUGCCACUCGCUGUUGAGAAUUUUCUUACUCUGAAUCAAUUCAAUACCAUCAUGUCUGUUAUUAAAGAUAUGGUUGGGAGAGUUGAAGUCGAACACAAAGUGAAACUGGAACAGCUACAAGAGCAACAAAAAACUUUAGAAAGUUCAAUGGCGGUAACAUCACUAUCGAAUAACAACGCAGAUCCUCCUUUGCCAGACCUUUUCAGUUUAAGGACAGAUGAUAAAAAGUCUACACCUCCACCUAGUCAAAAACCAACACUUACACUUGAAGAAAAACAGAGAAUUAUAGCAGAGAGUGAGGCUUCAAAACAGCUUAUGUCUCAAGUUCCUUUAAAUCUUUCAGUGGUAACGAAUAAUAAACCCAAGCCCCAGCCUAAAGACCUGACAGCGAGCCUUUUGGACAGCAACAAUUUUACACUUGGAACCAGUAAACCCCAAACGUUCGGUUUGAGCAACACCACCACACAGGCAUUUCCAACGAACACUUCUCUAAACAAUUCAUUUACGAUGAGCAGUGUCAGCAUGCCAUUUACCGGCAAUGCCAAGGGGAACGGAUUUGCAGGGGGUUUCCAGUCACAAAACUUCUCCAACUUGAACUCAUCGUCUUCCCUAAGCCAAAUGACCAACAACCAGAUGAUGUCGCUCAACAGCAAUUCGUUCAUGAAAAGCCCAGGGAAUGCCAGCCAGGAGUGGGGCUCCUGGAACUCAAACUUACAAACGCCCCUGCUAACACCAUCAUCACAGGCCCCAUCCCUCCGAGUGCAACAAGCCCCCAAACCACUUUCUAACGAUGAUAUAAAUGACCUCUUGAGCUAAAAAGUUACCAAAUAGGGCAAUUAUAUCCUUUUUAGAUUCA